AUGCCUGCCUCAGGGCACAGGCAGGAGACUCACGGCGGGCAGGAUGUCUCUUGUCACAGGAGAGGUGGCAGCGAUCCCCGCAGAUCUUCCCUGAAGGGGCUUCAAGGACUGAAGUCGGGGAUCACCUCCGCCCGGUGGUGCGAUGUGCUACCGGCAGCGGUGGCGGCAGUGGCGGCGGCAUCCGUGCUGCAGCGUCUGCGCCGUAGUGACUGUCCAGACCGCUGCGAUGCCCCAGCGGUGGCAAUGGCCGAGCUCCGUUUGAAGAGCAGGCUGCGAUUUUGGGGCCCGCAGCCCUCCGGGCGAGAGCCAGAGACCCACUGCAGUUCUCCUUUGCAGAGGGUUUCACAGACCAGAUGUAUCCAGUUAAAACAAGCAAUAGAUGAAAAUAAAAAUACUCUUCAAAAAUUAAGCAAAGCUGAUGAACCCGCACCUGUUGGGAAUUAUAACCAGAGAAAAGAAGAGGAACGUAAUCUUUUGGAUAAACUUACCCACCAACUGCAGGAACUUGCUGUGGCCAUAAGUAGAGAAAAUAUAACUGAAGUUGGGGCACUUACUGAAAAAGAGGAAGAUGAUGAUUCUGCUGAAGAAGAUGAAAAUGGAGAAAGUAAAGGUGGGAAAAGUGAAAGUGAAGGUGAAAGUGGCGAAAGUGAAAGUGAAGAAUGUGGUGAGGAGGAAGAAGACUCAGAAGAAGAGGAAGAGAAAGAGGAAAAUGAAUCUGACAAACAGGCAACAUAUAAAGAUUACAUCGCUGUUGGAGAUUUUACAGCGCAGCAAGUUGGAGAUCUUACAUUUAAAAAAGGGGAAAUUCUCCUUAUAAUUGAAAAAAAACCUGAUGGUUGGUGGAUAGCUAAGAAUGCCAAAGGAAACAAAGGUCUUGUUCCCAGAACCUACCUGGAGCCCUAUGAUAAAGAAGAAGAAAGCCAAGAAUCAAGUGAAGAGAGUAGUGAAGAAGAUGUUGAGGUCGUGGAUGAAACAGCAGAUGGGGCGGAAGUUAAGCAAAGGACUGAUUCCCAUUGGAGUGCUGUUCGAAAAGCUAUCUCAGAGCAGAUAGACACUGUUGAUGUGCUAACCACGAUGGGAGCUAUUCCUGCAGGGUUCAGGCCUUCCACACUCUCCCAGCUUCUAGAGGAAGGGAAUCAAUUUCAAGCAAGUUACUUCCUACAACCAGAGCUCACGCCUUCACAACUGGCCUUCCGAGAUCUGCUGUGGGAUACUAAAGCUGGCACUAUUAGGUCAAGACCAAGUCGUGUUUCAUUGAUUGUGACUUUAUGGAGAUGUAAAAUGAUUCCUCUUCCAGGAACGGGCAUACAGGUUCUCAGCAGACAUGUACGCCUCUGUCUAUUUGAUGGUUAUAAGGUUCUGAGCAACAUUCACACAGUCAGAGCCACAUGGCAAUCUAAAGAACCCAAAACGUGGACCUUUUCUCCCCAGGUUACUCGCAUCUUGCCAUGCUUGCUCGAUGGUAAUUGUUUUAUCAGGUCCAAUUCUUCAUCUCCAGAUCUUGGGAUAUUAUUUGAACUUGGAAUUUCUUAUAUUCGCAAUUCAACUGGUGAAAGAGGAGAGUUAAGUUGUGGCUGGGUCUUUCUUAAACUUUUUGAUGCCAGUGGAGGUCCUAUUCCAGCAAAAACGUAUAAACUCUUCUUGAAUGGUGGCACUCCUUAUGAAAAAGGUGUGGAAGUGGACCCUUCCGUGUCCAGAAGAGCACAGGGCAGUUUUUUCUAUCAGAUGUUGACAGUGAGAAGGCAGCCUCAACUUCUGGUAAAACUGAGAACCUUGAAUGGAAGAUUAAAAGACACUUUAAGUCUACUACCAGAAACAUUAAUUGGAAGUAUGUGUUCCAUUCACUUGUUGAUAUUUUAUCGACAAAUUCUUGGAGAUGUGCUCCUGAAAGACAGGUUAAGCUUGCAAAGUGCUGAUUUAAUUAGUCAUCCAAUGCUGGCUACCUUCCCCAAGCUCUUAGAACAGCCUGACGUGAUGGAUGCUCUCAGGAGUUCAUGGGCUGAAAAAGAAAAUACAUUAAAAAGAUCUGAGAAGAGAGACAAAGAGUUCCUGAAGUCCACGUUCCUCCUGGUUUACCAUGACUGUGUGCUCCCUCUGCUCCAUUCAACACUCCUGCCACCAUUCAGGUGGGCAGAGGAAGAGACUGAGGCUGCACGGUGGAGAAUUAUUGCUGACUUCCUCAAGCAAAACCAAGAAAAUGAGGGUGCACUUCAAGCUCUGCUGUCGCCAGAUGGAGUUCAUGAACCUUUUGACCUUUCAGAGCAGACCUAUGACUUCUUGGGUGAGAUGAGAAAGAAUGUGGCCUGACAGUGGCAGUGACUGGUCCUCAACUUCCCAUAGAAUCUGGUGGGCCCAUCAUGAUGACUUGAAUAAAAAGACAGAACCAAAAGUAACUGUCAUAUUAUAACGGAA